AGCUUGAGAAGUCCCCACGUUGAGACAACUUCUCCUUCAUCACUCACUUUAGUGUCAGAGAGUUCCGCGGCGCUGCGGUGUUUCGCUUCCUACCGGGGCGGAAUUUCCACUCUUUGUGGCGGACUUGAAGCCGACUCAUAGCCGCGCCAUGACGUUCCGCAGGCUGAAGAUGGUUCACUCCAACGGAGCGACGUCCCCGGAGAGCGACGUCCACUUGCCGCCUUCGGGCUCGGACAGCCGCCCCCCGGCCAGAGACUUCUCCUCCGGGGUGUACAACUACAAGACGCUCGCCUACUCCGGAGGAACGCUGCCCAGAACCCGCAGAAAGGUUGGCGACUCGCAGACAUGGAAGCCUCACUCACAAACAGAACCACAAAGGAAGGUGGUGGUGCUGGAGAAGAUGGACGAGCACACCUUUGGUUUUGAGAUCCAGACGUACGGCCUGCACCACCAGGACCAGAACGCGGUGGAGAUGUGCACCUUUGUGUGCAAAGUGCACCAGGACAGCCCCGCACAGCUGGCAGGACUUCAAGUGGGUGACACCAUCGCCAGCGUCAAUCAUGCUCCUGUGGAAGGAUUUCUGCACAAAGAGAUUGUUCAACUCAUCAAAGCCAGUGGAAACACACUCAGGCUGGAGACCAUUUAUAGCGACCCCAUCCGCAAAGCUGAGCUGGAGGCGCGACUGCAGUAUCUGAAGCAAACCCUGCAUGAGAAGUGGGAGGAGUAUCGCUCGCUGAUGGUGCAAGAACAGAGGCUCGUUCACGGCAUCGUGAUGUGCGACGGCGCCGUGUACGAGUCCCUGGAGUCUGCGGGCGUGUACGGCAGCCUGGGCGCCCCCAGCCCCGCCGCCCGCCACUCUCCGCUCUGCAGCGGCAGCACGGGGAGCACCGCCAGCGUCCUCAGCACGGCCACCGAGGACGACCCGCUCUACCAGACGUGUUUGUACCGCGCGGCGGGUGAGCCGGAUGAGGCCGACAGACACAAGCCGGCGGCGGUGAGGAAGCAGCGCCUGCGGCCCGCCAGCGAGCUCUUCACGUCGGCCAAGACGCAGCUGAGCCGCAGCGCCAGCACACGCAGUUACGUGCGCCAGCCUUCGCCCGCCGCCGCCGACAACAACAACAAAUCGUCAGGCUUCAGCUCGCUACAGAAGAAACAGAGAAGCUUCCGCAGGCGCCUCCUCCAGUUCAUCCCGGGCUUGAACAGGCCGCUGGAGGAGGAGGAGAGCAAACUGUGACCUCACUUCCUGUCCAGACUGUCAAAGUAAAAUCCCAAAGAAGCGACCAAAGGCUGAUUUUUCAUUGGGCGGCUGUACAGAACUUUAAAUUCCUGGUUUUAAGUUAUUUAUUUAUUUCAACAUUUCUUGUUCAGAAUGAAGGAUUCAUGUUUUGUUUUUUUACUGCAUGUUGCCUUUUGUAAGUUUGAGAAUCGCAUUCUACUUCCUGUCAAAGAGACUGUUGCAAAAAAUUAAAAGAAUGUUUUCCAUA